AUGGCUCAACAUAAUAAAAUCAACGAGAACGCUUUUGUCCGUCACAAAAUCUACUUGCUGAAGUAUGGGGAGACUCGUCAGGCAAAGGUUCAUCUCAGGGAACCAGACCCAGUGACUGGGUCAACUUAUAAAGUCAUCUCCCUGAGUACCAACCGAGAGAAGUGUCAGCAGGAGCUGGAGCCCUACAUCCAUCUGAGAACAAAAGAGAGAAAGAUUCUUCCUAAGGCCAGCAAGAUUGAGAUCUUUUGGCCACUUGCUUUUCUUAAGGGAGGAGUGACGAUAGUAGACAGCCCGGGAGUCGGAGAGAGUGAGAUGAUGGACGAGGUGGUUGCAGAGUACAUCCCAUCAGCCUUUGCGUUCAUCUACAUCAUCGACAGCUCCUGCGCAGGAGGAGAACAUAAGGACAGGUUGCUGGGACAGCUUCUGUCGAAGUGUAAGGACCUGGAACAUUUUGACCCGACAAAAGCCAUAUUUGUCCUCAACAAGUGGGAUCUGGUACCGGAAAAGGAGAGGCAAGAGGUGAAGGAGGAAAUAAUUCGGAAGCUGGGGGAGAUGUGGGAAGGACUGAACGAGUCUAGGGUUUUCGUUCACUCAAAUAAGGAAGCGGUUAAGGGCGGAUUCCGGUCGACAGACUUCAACAAACUGCUGGACGGCAUCUAUGACCUCCUGCCGCAGAGUCUGAGCCACAAGCUUGCUGUUCAGUACAGGCAAAUGACAAGCAUACUGAAAGAAGCGCUGCUUUACAUCAAACUGAAGCUGAAUGAGUCGUUUAGCAACCUGGAUGUAGACGAGCGGCGCGAAGCCUUUGUGGGAGCUCGAACCGCGCUGGCACAGUUUGAUGCAUCUACGGCUGGCAUUAUCAAAGAAGUAAGGGAUUACCUUGAAGAUGCUAUAGAAACAGCCAAGAGCAUCUUAGCUGAAUUCGUGCGAGGCGAACUGGGAGAACGAUUAGCAAAGGAACAAAUCCCUUGGUCCGUCCAGAUACCUGAAAACGAGGAAGACAUCCUCAAAGAUAUAUGCUUUUGGAUGGAAGAUGAAAUGGUUCGGUAUCCAUCGCUCAAGAACCACAUUAGCCAAGUCAAGGAAGUGUUUGAGGUCAAACUCGGGGAAAUGGUCACUAGGGUGAAGUAUGAGCACAGCGAAAAAAUCAGGCCAAUCACCGGACGAACAUGCCGUCUGAACGUGGAGAAUAUGGAAUUGUCCACUCGUGAGCUUUUCCUGCUAAUGAUCAGGAUGGCAAUAAAGGCGGCAUUAAUGGAUCCCAUGUUCUUCCUACCUGUACAUCACAAGAUUUUAUACGCGUCGACCCUCGCUGGGUUCAUAGGCAGUGUACUCAAGCACAGCGAUGAAUCAUUGGCGCGAUUAUCUGAAUUGGCUAUUGCGUGCAUGACAACAGAUGAGAGGCUGGAUAAGAUAGUUCGAUAUCAUCUGACGAGACCAUUUCGGCUGCUGAGCAACUUUGAAUCAGAACUACAGGGGAUAAAAGAAGUGGAUAAACGCCUGGUGGAAGAGAGAUUCGCGGAAACCAGGAGCCAGAUGGAUCUGGUCAGCACAUACCAGCCGCAAGAGUCACAGAUCGGGCUUCUGCUGGGCCGGCUGGCCAUGGUACAGCUGACGGAGAUGAGGGAGUACGAGUUCGACCUGGACGGCAUCAUCGGCUGGCCGGACCCGCAGAACAGGAUUGCCGGUGGGUCGUACGGGGAGGUGUACCGGGUACAGGUCCAACAGAAAGGGUCACUUGUCCGGGCGGCGCUGAAGGUGGGCGUCCUACCCUACGAUAUCACCACCGAGGAGAACGCCUGGGACUUUCUCACGGAAGAAGACAACCUGAGGAAGCUACAGGGAGAGCAUAUAGUGGAGUACUACGGCACUGCCUGCAGAAAGGAGAGGCACGGUCUGAAGCUGGGUUUGGUCAUGGAGCUGUGCGACGGUACCCUAGAGAGCAGGAUUAUCGGUCACACAGAGCACAACCCCUCCAGGUGGGGGCACGACCCUGUCAUGAAGCAACGAGCCUUCAACUACAUAAAGGACAAGGCUAUCAAGCUGUGUGAGGGGCUCAGGACCAUCCAUGAUGCAGGCUACAUCCACAGGGACCUCAAACUCAGCAAUGUUCUGGUUACUGCAGGUGAUGUUGUGAAGCUGGCUGACGUCGGCGUGACGAAGAGAGAAGCAGACGUGACCGGCACCAUCACAGGAACGGCGACUUAUGCAGCACCUGAAGUGAAGGAACGGAAAGUCUAUGACAAGAGUGCUGAUAUCUACAGCCUGGGGAUAAUCCUGUGGGAGAUGUGGUACGGACGGACGGUGGAUGGUCGCAGCUUGAGGGGUCUGAUGGGGGGAGAUUCGAUGCCAAACUCCCCUGACUCCAUCCGCCCCAUCCCGGAGUGGGAAACUCUGGUGCGAGACUGUGUGAACCGGGACGCGAGGAGACGGCCCACUGCGCUGGAGUGUCUGCAGAGGAUCAGGAGCAUGACGAUGGAGGACAGGCCCCGUACAUCUGCCACCCCGCACCGUCGGACAGGGCCCAGGCUUCGGCCGUAUCAAAGAGGCCGUAAGACUGAACGUACAGAACUGUAACGUUACACCAUCCCGUUCUGUGAAACUGCUGAAGGAUGGUACCCAUUGUUCCUUCCAUCUAUCUAAUGUCAAACCAAUUUCUAAAUGAAAGUGGACAUGUAUCGUUGAAGAUUAGACAUCCAGGUAAACAUACGCAAGCAAAUAGUUUAUAUGCUUUUGGAAAUGGUCAGACGCUUCAGGCAGCACCCACUACUAGUAUCUUUCGUCAGUGACACUGUGCUCCUGUUAAAAAUGUAUAUAAUAGGCAUGUGCAUUGUACAUAGCCGUUUUGUGUCAGUGUUGAAAUUUGCCAGAGAAAAAGUUUGAUAUCCUACAUGUCAGCCAUGUUUUACUGCAAAUCAUCCCAUGUCUCAAACUGCUGCCAAACUUUUAGGAUUUCUUUUAUCGGAUUUGGACACUUAUUAGCCUAACACAUAGAAAUGUAUAGCUAAUCAGGAAAGCAUUUGACGAUGACGGUCCCCGGCCGGCUUUAAUUACGAAAUGUCUGUGACUUUGUAGAACGAUAACGUUCAGAGGAAUUCUUAGUUUCAUUCUAAUUAGACCAAGGUGUUUACAAGGGUCAAGGUUAUCCAGCAUUUUGCUAUAUCGACAAGUGCCGUGUCUCUGUAGGUUUAAGUCAGAAGACUGUUUUAAAAUUUUGUUAAUACCUGAUAGUGUCUAGGUGAAGUAGGCGGCGCCUAAUAAUGAUAGAUAAUUGCUAGUUGUAACGCUUUGCUACAGUUCGCUUCAGCUGUUUUGUAGAUUGUUUUGCGAAGGCGUGACAGAAA